AAAUUAUGUCUUAAAACUAGAAACCAUUUCUAAAUGGAUCUCCUUACACUAGUUAAAAAUAAUUGUAUUUAGGAUAAGGAUUUAUAUAACCAUAAGUAAUAAAAUAAAUUUAUAGAAGCAAUUUCCAACAAAGGUUGUUGUUCCAUCAAUUAACAUUUAACUAAAAAAUCAUGUAACUUUAAAUGUCGUUAAAAGUGGAAGUCUCACACAAAGAGAGGACAAGGUUAAAUAAAAUGAUUAAAAUUAACCUUAAAAAAAAUAACUACCAAUAACAAAGUUUAAUAAUGCUGUUAAUAACAAUUAUGUGUCUAGUUAUUAUUAAAACUACUUAUCAAAUGCUUCAAAGUUAAACUCAAAAACUUAGAACUCUAAAGAAUUAUAGUAAAAAGAUGAAUAAAGGAAAAAUACCUUUGAAGAGAGACAUAGUGUUAAACCAUCAAAACCUAAAUCCACAGAACAGUAAAGCAAGAAUCCUAAAUUAUCAACUGAACCAUCUUAAAAUCAUAAGAGUACAUCAUCUUAAAAUAUUAUGAAUUUGUUGAAUAAAAUUUAAUAACCAAAAGAUGAUCAUAAUAGAGCCAAAAGUCCAGUAACUUCAUCUGUGGACUUUAACUUUAAAUAAUUACUGUAACAAUAUUAAAAAACCCUAUCUAAUGGAUAAACUAGAGCUAAAAGUAAUGAUUAAGCCAAGGAAGUAAAUUAAAUUUCUGGAUUUAUAACUGAAAGGCCUUUAUCUUCAGGAUCUUAUAUUGUAAUACAUUUGUAUGAUUCAAAUAAUAAGAUGACUGAGUUAAGAUUUGAUUGUGCUUAUGGAACAACAGAUAAUUUGGUAAAUUUUUUAAUGACUCAAUGCAUUGACAGUAAUUAUUAAAUGUAUUAUUUCAAGAUAAAAAUAUUAUUGGCUUUUAAACAAUUGAUUAAAAUAUAGCUCUAGAUCAUUAUUUAAGUUUAGUUGGAAAAGAUUUACAAUUUUUGAAUCGAAAAACUAUUAAAUUAUAACCAUUACAUUGCAAUAACGAUUCAAAUAAAUUAAGUUUAAAAUCUUUUUAGUUUUUAUAAUGUAUAGGAAUGGGAGGUUUUUCUAGAGUUUAUUUAGUUAGAUCAAAAAGUAAUGGUAGAUUUCUUGCAUUAAAAUUAAUAUCAAAAUAAUUCAUAAUAGAGAAUUAAAAAUAAACAAUUGUUUAAAAUGAAAGAGAUGUAAUGGUGUAAUUAAAUUUAAGUGAUUAACAUUUAUCAAAAUAGUUUAUUUGUUAAUUGGAAUGUGCAUUUGAAUCUAAAAAUUGGGUGUGUUUUGGAAUGGAGUAUUGUCCUGGUGGAGAAUUAUUUAAUCAAUUAAGAAAGGUAAAAAGAAUGACAGAAGAAUAAGCUAAACUAUAUUUUAUUGAAGUUUGUAUUGCAAUAGGAUUUUUACAUUGUUAAAAUAUAUUAUAUAGAGAUUUAAAACCAGAAAAUAUUUUAAUAGAUAGUGAAGGACAUUUAAAGUUAGCUGAUUUUGGAUUAGCAAGACCAAACAUGGCAUCUGAUGAUGAAGCGUAUUCUUUUUGUGGAUCACCAGAAUAUAUGGCACCUGAAAUGUUAUAAUAAUAAGGACAUACUUAUGCUGUUGAUUAUUAUUGUUUAGGUGCAUUGUUUUAUGAACUCAUUACAGGAUUACCUCCUUAUUAUUCAAGAGAUACAAAUUAAAUUUUUAAAAGUAUUUUAAGUGAUCCUCUAUCAUUUCCUCCUAAUAUUGGAAGUCCUGAAGCAAGAGAUUUAAUUAGAAGAUUAUUGACAAAAAAUCCUGAGUAAAGAUUAGGUAUUAGAGGAGAUGCUGAUGCUAUAUUAUAACAUCCACUAUUUGCAUCUAUUGAUUUAAGAGAUGUUAUCAGAAGAAAAAUUGAUCCACCUUUCAAACCUAAUUUAACAUCAUUUAAUUUUGAUCCUAGUGAAUUCAAGAAAGGAGAGGUAUCUUUUAAGUUAGAAUUAUAAAAAUCAUUAUAAAGUGAUGAUGAAAACAAAUUUACAUCUAUGUUUGAAAAUUUUUAUUUUAUUAGUGAAACUUUGAAGUAAUUAUUGAAUAUAAUUAUUUUAGAUUAAAAAGACUAAGAAUUCCAAGUAGACCUACUACAUAAUCGCAAGAUUUCAAUACAAGUGAUAGAAAUUAUAAUUCUAAUAGUUCCUAAGGAAGAAGAGGAAAUUCUGCUAUUAAUGAUUAAUUAGAAAAAGGAAUUGCAUACAAAUAAAAAUUAGAAGAAAUGUAAAGAAGAGUUCAAAUGCAAAAUAGUUUAAAUAGUGGAUCAAUAAGAUAAUAUAUGGAUCCAUUAAAUAGUGUAGAUAAGCUUAAAAUGAAUAAACAAAUAAAAUAAUGA